AUCAGAUGAGGCGGUCACGCUUGGAAGACUUUAAACGCGCCUUCUUUGCUUCAAACCAGCUUAACACCGCUCUUGGAAAAUGACGAAUAAAACUGCUAUGGAGGGAAACUUUUCAUUGGAAACCUCCCUGCUACAAGUAGAGGUGGUUGCGGCUCUCGUUGUAAUAAAUCUAUUUUUCUCCAUCACUGCAUCGCUUGGCAAUUUUCUGAUCCUAAUUUCUUUUUGUAAGGUAUCUACGAUUUUUCCUCCAACAAAACUGAUGUUUCGAUGUCUGGCGUUUACUGAUCUUUGCGUUGGACUCAUUUCACAACCGCUGUUCGUAUAUAAUCUUCUGAGCCACGAAUCAUAUUUCAACUUCAGCGUAUCGGUCGUUAUUCAGAUAACCUCCAUGUGCUUCUUGUGUGGACUAUCUCUCCUAACAGCAACUGCAAUAAGUGUGGACAGACUUCUCGCACUGUAUUUGGGGCUGAGAUACAGACAAGUUGUUACAUUAAGGCGGGUCCAAGCGACUCUUGUUUCUUUUUUGUUUUUUAAUUUUGCGUUUCUCGGCUCGGUUUUUGUUAUAGAUCGAGUACCUCAAUCCAUAUACCUUGCCAUGAUGUUGGUUUCUCUCGUUAUCUCCGCCUUUUCUUACAUCAAGAUCUAUAUUCGUCUCCGAUACCAGUUGCUGCAUGUACAGGGCCAUGUUCAGCAACAUCCAGCGACAAACGGCUUCGUAGCAACCGCAUUAAAUUUAGCACGAUACAAGAGAACAGUCUCCACCAUAGCAUGGGUACAGCUAGGAUUAUUUGCCUGCUAUCUUCCCUUUAGCGUGUAUUUCAUGAUGUUCAUAAAAGAACCAGCCGUUAUUCCUGAAAUGUUUGAGUACACUGUCUUGUCGCUUGUUUACCUUAACUCGUCGCUGAACCCAAUUCUUUACUGCUGGAAGAUCAGAGAUGUUAAACAAGCAAUGAAGGACGCGAUUAGACAGUUGUGUAGCUGCCGUGAGCCAAAUUGAACUCGUGCGCUGUCUACAGGGAAGAAAUGGCUCAGCGUUCGAAUUCCAACUAAGUUAGCGGGACAGAAUUUCGUCGCUCCUUCGCAUCUCUUGCAGAACACUUUGCAAUGUCCAUUAUUAUCACACAUUUACUAUGGAAUGUAUUGAAAAUUUUAAGAAGUAACAUCCUCAGUAGAUCACUUCUGACAGAUAAAGGCUGAGAGACAUUAAAGGCAAUUCUAGUACACCCAACGCAGAUGUUUUUACAAACUAGGGUAUCAUCGAUUGCAACGGAACACGUGUCGGAAACAUGGAGACGCCCCACGCAAGAAAAAUUUCGUUACCUUUUGAAACCAGAUACUUGUUUUGUUUGUACAGUAAUUUGUUGAUUGAUGGACACGUGAAAUUUAACAAGAAUAAUCGCAUGUACAUUAGACUUUGAUCAGUCCUUUUUCGAAGCGAAAACUUGUGUUGGUAGGUUUUACGAUACGAGGUUAAUUUUAUUACAGCAGGACGAAUUAAUUAAACGAAUCAAUCGACAAAUCAAUACAAGUUUCGAAGUUUAUGACAACACGCAAGUUAACGUCAAUCGGAAAAAAAAAUAUAAACAGCAAAUUAAGAAAAAAUUCCAAAUAAGCAGUUAAAAAAAUUGAUGUAAACAGUUUGAAGAAAGAAUAUAUCAAUAUCAUAAUAUUCAACAUUUUGCUAUGAUUGUA